CUAAAAAAUUUCCCAGCCAGCUAUCAUUUUGUGGGUCUGUUGUAAACUGUUAUGUUACACCAGGCCGCAGGUGAUCAAGAUUCUAAGUCGAUGUACAUUUAACAUCAAUUAAAACCCCACAUCCACACAAAUCCACAUACAGAUACAAGAGACCCCCACCCCCUUCUAGAGAGAGAGAGUGAUUUGUGUCGACUUUUAGGGUCUAGAGAGAGAAACUGUAGCAGAUGGAGGGGACAACAAUGGUGGAUCAGCCAAGAGAAUGCAAAAUUUACACAGAAACAGAGAGUGUUUCUAUGCACAACGAUAACGGAAGCUUUCAAGAUGAACCCAGGAAAAUUCUUCAAAUGAGAGCCUUACUUGAAAAACAUGAUCCCACUUCCAAGGAGUAUGAUGAUCUGACCAUCAGAAGGUUCCUUCGUGCUCGUGAUCUUGACAUUGACAAAGCAUGUGCCAUGUUUCUGAAAUACCUAAAAUGGAGGAAAACAUUUACUCCAGAAGGUUCUAUCUGUGUAUCGGAAGUCCAAAACGAAAUAGCACAGAACAAGAUGUUCAUGCAAGGAUCUGAUAAAAACGGACGCCCAAUAACAGUCGUAUUUGGAGGUAGACAUUUCUGCAACAAAAAAGGAGGUCUAGAAGAGUUCAAACGUUUUGUGGUAUUUGGCCUAGACAAAUUAUGUUCCAGGAUACCUCAAGGCCAAGAAAAGUUCGUUGUUAUCGGAGAUCUUCAAGGAUGGGGAUAUACAUGUACUGAUAUACGUGGAUAUCUUGCAGCACUCUCUAUUUUGCAGGAUUAUUAUCCAGAAAGGCUUGGGAAGCUGUUUAUAGUACAUGUCCCUUAUGUGUUUAUGACUGUAUGGAAGAUGGUUUAUCCCUUUAUUGAUGAAAAAACAAAGAAAAAAAUUGUAUUUGUUGAAAACAAGCAGCUGAAAUCAACAUUGAUGAAAGACAUUGAUGAAAACCAGAUUCCAGAAAUUUAUGGAGGCAAUCUGAAAUUGGUUCCCAUCCAAGAUAGUUAAUGUGCCUAAUGUUAUUACUAUUAUAUUUGUAAACUCUGGAAUAUGGGGAUUGUGCCUGAAUACACCAGUAACUUAGCUGGACGCAAUCCUUUCAUUAAUGGAGAAAAAAUUGAGAUCUGGUAGCCCAUCUUAGAUGGGCUCUAAGAUUUGCAUUGGGCUUUUUUUUUUCGAUUAUGGUUUCAGGGUUGGUAACUACUAUACUUACCCGAGAAAUUUAUUGGCUUCUAACACAACGUUUUUUUUUACA